GUCAGUGAUACAAAAUAUGCUCUCUCAUUUUCUCCUAUAUAUGUACAGCUGUAGGUGCUGACCUUGUUAAAAUGAUAAUACAUAAAUCUAUGUCUUCUUUGAGAAUGUUGUGGCCACAUUUCCUUUGAACAUUGAUUAGCCUUUUUGUUCAAGCAAAUGAGUCCUCAGCUCUUCCAGUCAUCUCUUGCACAAUUCAUCACCCUUCUCCUCAUCUUCAUCAUCUGUACAAAGUCUAGCCAUGCUGAGGAAGAAAGAUACAAGAAUUGCAGAAGUCAUCCCUACAAUUGUGGAAGCAUACAGGGUGUCAAAUAUCCCUUCUGGGGGGAUGAGAGAGAGAGAUUUUGUGGUCGUGAUGAAUUUCAGCUGAAAUGCAUAAAUAACCAGUACCCAAUUAUUCAGAUUGACACGCUGACAUUCCGCGUGCUUAAGAUCAAUACAACUAGUAGCACAAUGACAAUUGCACGAAAUGAUCUCUGGAAUGGUGUUUGUCCCAAGGAAUUCAGUAGCACCGCUUUGAAGGCGAGCAACCUUUUUACAUAUGACGACAUGGUUCGCUACCUCUACAUGUUUUAUGGUUGUACUUCUAAUGUGACAGAACAGGUUCGCUACAAUUUUACCUGUCCAAUAAAUGGUAGCAGAAGUAGUGGUGCUUUCUUUGCAAGCUUUGUUGGCCAAAAUGUCACUGGAUGUGACGUCAAUAUUGUAGUUCCUGUUCUUUGGACCGCUUAUGAGGAGCUGUGGAAUGGAAAAUUGACACUGCAGCAAGCAUUUAAUCAAGGGUUUAAUGUUGUGUAUAACCCAGAUGAUGUGGUCUGUUCAGCUUGUGAGGCAUCCGGUGGGAUAUGUGGAUCUGGAUUUGAUUUUUCGCAGUCUGGAGACGGCUAUGUGACAUCUGAGAAAUUCCUCUGCUUUUGCCAGGACCAACCUCAUCCUUUAGCUUGUGAUGGGGCCAAUAGGAAGAUGAGGCAGAAGUUGACAAUAGGAGCUUCUGCUGCUGGGAUGGGAAUGUUACUAAUGUGUAUCAUUAUCUGCUGCUAUAGAAGGAAGCUUUGGUCAAAAAAAUUAAUUGUAUUAUGGAAGAAGAAAACAGAAAAUGACCAAAAUCUUGAGUCCUUCAUCAGACAUUAUAAAUCCUUGGCUCCAAAAAGGUAUAGCUAUUCAGAUGUCAAGAAAAUAACAAAUUCCUUUAGAGACAAACUUGGUCAAGGAGGUUAUGGCAGCGUCUACAAAGGAAAGCUACUGGAUGGACGUCUUGUGGCAGUGAAGAACUUGAAUGCAUCCAAGGGAAAUGGAGAAGAGUUCAUCAAUGAGGUUGCAAGCAUCAGUAGGACUUCUCAUGUCAAUGUCGUUGCCUUUCUGGGAUUUUGUCUCGAGGGUGGCAAAAGAGCACUAAUUUACGAGUUGAUGCCUAACGGAUCUCUAGAAAAAUUUAUAUAUGGGGAAAAUCCAUUGCAGAAUGGUGGGCACCUGGGAUUAGAAAAACUGUACCAAAUUGCGGUUGGAAUAGCUCGAGGACUUGAGUACUUGCACCGCGGAUGCAAAACACGGAUAUUGCAUUUUGACAUAAAACCUCACAACAUUCUUCUAGAUGAGGAAUUUUGCCCUAAGAUCUCUGAUUUCGGGCUUGCUAAACUAUGCACUACAAAAGAAAGUAUAGUAUCAAUGGUGGGAGCUAGAGGAACCAUUGGCUACAUUGCUCCAGAAGUAUUCAGUAGAAACUUUGGAGGAGUGUCACAUAAGUCCGAUGUGUACAGUUAUGGAAUGAUGGUUCUUGAAAUGGUUGGAGGUCGUAGGAACGUCAAUGUUGCAGUGGAUCAUACUAGUGAGAUAUAUUUUCCGCACUGGAUUUAUAAGCGUCUCGAGCAAGAUGAGGAUCUAGGACUGCAUGGUGACAUGACUACUGAGGAAGGGGAAAUUACAAGGAAGAUGAUAUUAGUUGGUUUGUGGUGCAUACAAACAGAUCCAUCACAGAGGCCAUCAAUGAGUAAGGUUGUGGAGAUGUUGGAAGGUGACAUGGAAGGUUUGGAGAUCCCUCCGAAACCCUACUUAUCUUCUCCUUCAAGACCACCAAUGGAUUCUUCAAUAACAUCGUCAACACUUCAACUUCCUUUUUAAAUUAUGUAUCAGCCAUCAAGCCUUAAGAGAGUAUGUAUUCAACAAAUUUGCAACUCUUCUUUCCCUUUUUUCUUUUUCAGUGUGCUUAGAAUGAUUAUUCUGCAUCUUCAUGCAAGUGUUCAUGAGCUCAUACAAUCAUCUUGAAUAUGUUUAUGUCAUCCCAUAAAGAUUACUAGAUAACGUCACGGGUAGUACUAAAUAAUUUAACAUGUUUGCAAUUUAUAAAAUCAUUUUGAAUUU